CCAGCUGGAAAUACAGAGCUGCAUGAGUAAAUGUGCGCCUGGAUCAAGUUUCGCAUUACUACGAUCUAUAGCAAGAAGAGUGUAGUAUGUCGGCCUCUGGAAAUACAGAAACCUCAACAAUGAGAGGGAUCCCAGUUGGUGUUCUUGUAGAAGGCCAUACUCCCGAGCAGCGUUCUCCUCAUCCGUUUCGAAUUCCUCAUGUCUUCGUUCCUUUCGACAGCAGCUGCGCUGCAUUGUCAAUGCUGCUCAAAGGCAUUCAGAGCCAAAAGGCAGACAUUGAGCAUGCACUGCACCAGAGUGGAGCUGUCCUUCUUCGUGGAUUCGAAGUACUCACUGCCUCAGAUUUCAACGAUGUACUUGAAGCCUUCGGGUACGAUAAUUUCGUCUACAAUGGUCGUGGGGGACAUAAGAAAGCCAUCAUUGGAAGGGUUGUCACGGCUAGCGAAUUGCCUGUGCAUUUUCCUAUAGGUUUCCACAACGAGAUGGCAUACCAACUCAAGACACCAAGCAAGGUGAUGUUUUAUUGCGACAUUGAGCCUCCUGACGGUGCCGGAGGCGCCUCACCCAUCGUCCAGGGCCACAUUGUAUACCAAAGGCUCAAGAAAGAGAUGCCAGAAUUUCUGAAGAUGGUUGAGGAUAAGGGGCUUACUUACAUCAACACUCUGUCCAACGAUCCAUCAGCAAAGGAUAGCUGGCAAGAAGUGUUGCAAGCAUCUACCAAAGAGGAAGCGGAGAAGAAGGCUAGAGAAGGGAACAAUCGCAUUGAGUGGAAUCAAAACGGCACAGCAUCUCUUUUCAUGGGACCAAGAAUUGGAACAAAAUUUUGCAAGUCAAACGGAAGAACGGUUUGGUUCAACAGCAUUGGUGCAACUUACGAGCUCAUGCUCAUCUCCCCACCUGGAGAACAUGGAAUAAGCUUUGGCGAUGGCACUCCUUUGAAUGAAAAGUUUCUCGCAGCUUGCAACAGGAUAAUGGAAGAGGAAAAAGUUGCAUUCAAAUGGCGCAAAGGAGAUGUGCUCAUCAUCGACAACGAUGCUGUUUUACAUGCAAGGGAACCAUCGAAACCACCACGAAAAAUUCUUUCAGCAUUAGCUGCCAACUAAAAUAAGAGUAGUUUCGAGUGUUGACGUCGUUGAAGUCUUACUCCUUUCGAACUCUAUUCCUAUUCACGCCGUUCGAGUGACUGCCCCACGGCCCAUCCCCACUAUGAACGACCCGGUCCGGGUAUAGUCUAUCUAUCUGUGUUUAUAGUUUUGUGGUGACCAUCGAGAAGCAUAAGACUUUAUGAAUGCAAUGCAAUUGAGAGUUUUCACUC